CCCUCGGCGGUGAAGGGGUCGUCGGGCGGCGGCGCCGCGUCGCCGUCCAUGGAGCAGAUUCGCGCGCUGACGGACCUCGCGGACCUCGAGGCUGCCUAUAGCCGCCUGUGCGGGGAAGAGAAAGCAGUGGCAGAAGAACUGGAGAUCCUUCUGGAAGAGCAGGGAACCAUUGAGAAUAAGAUGGCCGCCCUUCAUCGCAUGGGUCCUAACCUGCAGCUGAUCGAAGGAGAUGCCAAGCAGUUAGCUGGGAUGAUCACGUUCACCUGCAACUUGGCAGAGAAUGUGAGCAGCAAAGUUCGACAGCUUGAUCUUGCAAAGAACCGCCUCUAUCAGGCCAUCCAGAGAGCAGAUGACAUUUUGGACUUGAAGUUCUGCAUGGAUGGCGUCCAGACAGCCCUCAGGAAUGAAGAUUUUGAACAAGCCGCUGCUCACAUACAUCGCUACCUUUCUUUGGACAAAUCGGUCAUUGAGCUGAGCAGGCAGGGCCGAGAGGGCAGCAUCAUUGAGGCCAACCUGAAGCUCUUGCAGGAGGCAGAACAGCGCCUGAAGGCUGUUGUGGCCGAGAAAUUUGACACGGCCACCAAGCAGGAAGACCUGCCACAAGUGGAACGCUUUUUCAAGAUCUUCCCACUGCUGGGCUUGCACGAGGAAGGGCUGAGUAACUUCUCCAAGUACCUCUGUAAACAGGUUGCUAAUAAAGCAGAAGAGAACCUGCAGUUAGUGAUGAAGACCGACAUGAGCGACCGCAGAGCUGCCGUCAUCUUUGCAGACACGCUGACUCUCCUCUUUGAAGGAACUGCCCGUGUGGUGGAGACCCAUCAGCCCAUCGUGGAGACCUACUACGGGCCGGGCAGGCUCUACACGCUGAUCAAGCACCUGCAGGCAGAAUGCGACCGGCAGGUGGAGAAGAUCGUGGACAAGUUCAUUGAGAAGAGGGACUACCACAGGCAGUUUCAGCACGUGCAGAACAGCAUGAUGAGAAGCUCGCUUGCAGAAAAGAUCGAGCCGAGGGAACUUGACCCUGUCUUGACCGAGGUCACCUUGAUGAAUGCCCGGAGUGAGCUGUACCUGAGAUUCAUUCGGAGGCGCAUCCUCUCUGAUUUUGAGGUGGGGGAUUCUGUGGCCACUGAGGAAGUGAAGGAAGAGCACCAGAAGAGCCUGGACAGGCUGCUGCACAGCUGCUUCCUGAGCUGCGCCAUGCAGGAGCUGAUUGGCUACUACAUCACCAUGGAGGAGUACUUCAUGAGGGAGACGGUCAACAAGGCUGUCGCUAUGGACACGUGUGAGAAGGGCCAGCUGACCUCCAGCAUGGUGGACGACGUCUUCUACAUUGUGAAGAAGUGCAUCGGGAGGGCCCUCUCCAGCUCCAGCAUCGACUGCCUCUGUGCCAUGAUCAACCACUCCAUCACCGAGCUGGAGUCGGACUUCGGGGAGGUGCUGUGCAGCAAGCUCAAGCUGGGCUUCCCAGCCACCACCUUCCAGGACAUCCAGCGGGGCGUGACCAGUGCGGUGAGCAUCGUGCACAGCAGCCUCCAGCAGGGCAAGUUUGACACCAAGGGCAUCGAGAGCACCGACGAGGCCAAGCAGUCCUUUCUGGUGACGUUAAAUAAUGUGGAGGUGUGCAGUGAAAACAUCAUGACUCUGAAGAAGACCCUGGAGAGCGACUGCGCAAAGCUGCUCAGCCAGGGGUUUGGGGGCGAGCAAGCCCAGGCCAAGCUCGACAGCUGCCUCUCUGACAUGGCUGCCGUGUCCAACAAAUUUCGCGAUCUGCUGCAGGAGGGCCUGAAUGAGCUCACAAAUACAGCAAUCAAGCCACAGGUGAAGCCCUGGAUCAACCUCUUCCUGUCCGUCUCCCAUAACAUCGAGGAGGAAGAAUUCAACAACUACGAAGCCAACGACCCCUGGGUCCAGCAGUUCAUUCUCAACCUGGAGCAGCAAAUGGUGGAGUUCAAGGGAGGACUGUCGCCAGUGAUCUACGACAGCCUCACCAACCUGAUGACCAGCCUUAUUGCUGUUGAGCUGGAGAAGGUGGUCCUCAAGUCCAACUUCAGCCGGCUUGGUGGGCUGCAGUUUGACAAAGAGCUGCGCUCCCUGAUCGCCUACCUCACCACAGUCACCACCUGGACCAUCCGCGACAAGUUUGCUCGGCUUUCCCAGAUGGCAACCAUCCUCAACCUUGAAAGGGUAACGGAGAUCUUGGAUUACUGGGGGCCCAACUCUGGCCCGCUGACGUGGCGCCUCACACCCGCUGAGGUUCGCCAAGUGCUGGCUCUCCGGAUGGACUUUCGCAAUGAAGACAUCAAGCGGUUACGGCUGUAGCCAGGCAGAGCCAUCCCCUUCCUCACCAGCAGCCUGUUCCUGCUCAGGGUGGCUGCGGGGCAGAAGCGGGAGCUCAGCCGUGUUCUCCAAGGCCCCGCAAACUCCUCCAGACUUGAGGGAAAGGCAGAUCCUUGUUACCAGAUUCUCCGACAGUGAAGCCUCCGGAAACAGCACGUUCUUUCACCUGGAGCGUGCAUGAAGCCACCUCUGUGACGCAUGUGCGCCAUUAGUGCCACGCUGUGAGCAACACAUGCCACAGGAGCCUGAGGGGGCCUACUAUUGCCGCUCGACAAUGUCUAUUUCUUCCUUAUUAACAGUAAAGUUCUACAAGUCUUC